AGACAAUUUAUGAAUCAAGCAAAGUUAAGGCAAUUUUAGAAUUUUAAUUUUGAAAACAAUGUAGUUUGGAAGGACUUCAUUAAAGAAUUAGAUCCAACGAUGUAUAUAGUAAUUACUAAUAAUAAGACCGAAAGAAAGAUUUGAGAAACUUAAGAAAAUUUGGUAUAGGGAUAAUAUCGAUCCAGAGUUUGAUCCCGAAUUCAUCAGCAACACAAAUUCCCAUACUACUCAUCAGAAUCAGACUCAUUCUCAAUAAGGAGGCGCUUUCAACUUAGGAUAACAAAGUAUACGUGUGUUUCAUAUUAGCCCUUGUUUUUAAAAUUCUUUUUGGUGUAGAGAAUUUUCUAAAAUUGGCAUUUAUUAUAACUUCUUUCGUCCCUAUUGGUCCCAAUACAUAAUUUGCUGUUGUGGCUUGUGUUUUGGGUUUGUAUAGACAAUGCAAAUUUCCAAAAAAGACUAGAGAAUAUGGAGAGUUAGUGCUAAAAAAUGAAUUUACACACAAUCUAUUCUUUCUAUUUGGAUACUUGUUUGUUUACUCUUUCAAGACAGUCUUCAACGUUCCACUUAUUUUACACUUUGUUCUUGGUUUAUCCUCUUAUUUAUUGUUGUUACAAGGGCCAAUUUACGAAUGUAUAAAUAAACAUAUGUUUUUAGUAUUAAAGAGUAAGGUUGAUAAGGUGUAUUCAAUAUAGUAGCAAAUCUAUGUAUUAAAAUACAGAAUCGAAAUAGCUUUGGUUCCAGCAAGUUUGGUAUUCCUAUUCUUAGGAAAAUCAUCUAUUUUGACCUUUGUUUACUUUGCAAAUUUUAUUAGAAUCAAAUACAUUUUGCUUGAUAAAUUCAAAGUUGAAUGCAAAUAUGUAAAUUAAAAAUAUUUGGAACCAUACAAGACCCAUCAAAUUUUAGGCUAUAUCAUUCCAGCUAUCUAAUAACUCUGUUCAUAUUUGAUAAGUUAUAAAUGAG